CCCGUUAAAAUAAUAAUAAUAUUUAAUAAUAUUAAUAAUAGUAAUAAUAAAAACUAGUGGAGUUUUCGUCUGGACCCUUCCUCUGACACCGACCCCGCCCCACCGCAGCGGCCUCCGGCUCCUCCGCCAUGGGCUCCGUGCUGCCCGGCUCCUCGCUGGGUCUGAAGCCGGGCUUCAAGUCGCAGCAGCCGCUCUCCCUCGCGGACAUCAUCACGUCGGACAUCCUGCACAGCUUUCUCUACGGCCGCUGGAGGCACGUGCUGGGCGAGCAGCAGCCGCAGCACCACCAGCAGCAUCACCUGCAGCACGAGGAGCGCACCGGCCCGAGCGCGAGCCCGAAGACCGCCUUCACCGCAGAGGUGCUGGCGCAGUCCUUCUCCGGAGAGGUGCAGAAGCUAUCCAGUCUGGUUUUACCCAGUGAGGUGAUCAUCGCUCAGAGUUCAGUCCCAGGAGAAGGUCUGGGUAUUUUCUCUAAAACCUGGAUCAAAGCAGGGACCGAGAUGGGACCGUUCACCGGACGCCUGGUCUCACCUGAACACAUCGACCUGUACAAGAACAACAACCUGAUGUGGGAGGUGUUCAAUGAGGAUGGGACAGUCAGGUAUUUCAUAGAUGCGAGUCAGGAGGACCAGAGGAGCUGGAUGACCUACAUCAAGUGUGCCAGGAACGAGCAGGAGCAGAACCUGGAGGUGGUCCAGAUCGGUAGCAGCAUCUUCUACAAGGCUGUGGAGACUAUCCCGCCGGACCAGGAGCUGCUGGUGUGGUACGGAAACUCCCACAACACCUUCCUCGGAAUUCCUGGAAUUCCUGGAGGAGACGAUGAGCAGAGCAAGAAGACCAAAACCGAUGACUUCCAUGCCUGUGAAAGCUCCUCUUCCUCCUCUUCCUCCUCCUCUUCCGCCUCCUCCUCUGGUCUGGGCCGCAUGCGGUGCGUGAUCUGUCACCGCGGCUUCAACUCCCGCAGCAAUCUGCGCUCACACAUGCGCAUCCACACGCUGGACAAGCCGUUCGUCUGCCGCUUCUGCAACCGCCGCUUCAGCCAGUCGUCCACGCUGAGGAACCACGUGCGGCUGCAUACCGGCGAGCGCCCCUACAAGUGUCACGUCUGCCAGUCGGCGUACUCACAGCUGGCCGGCCUGCGCGCGCACCAGAAGAGUGCCAGGCACCGGCCCAGCGGAGAUGCCGGGGCCCCCGGGGCAGGCGUGGUGGUGGUGGGAGGAGGCGGAGUGCACUCGCCUCCCCCAUCUCACCCACCCCAGCUGACCGCAGUGCCUCACCCAGCCUCACUGGUCCACCACAUACCCACCAUGGUGCUGUGAUAACACCAACAGGAAGGAGGUCUGGUGUAACCUAGGUAACCAACCCCAAACACAACGUUUCUGCUCUUACACAGUUUAAACUGGGAAUGUGUUCAGAACCCGCUGAAAACCACAGCGGUGACCACAGCCAUGCUGCUUCCAUCCAAACAAUGGCCAGAAGAUCCUCCGAAACACCUCGGACUGCUUCAUUUCAAGCUUUUAGCUACCUGGGGGGGAUCCAGGAAGAGCACAGCCUCGCAGCCAAUCAGACGCAUUCCCGCUGCUUUAACUGAGGCGUUUGAGGGUCUCCUGCAGGAGGAGGUGCAGAAACGUAAUGAUUGGUGUUACAGCUGCAUGACAACACGUGUUCUUGUCAGUGUCUAUGUAAACAAUGUUGUGCUUUGGUUUGCAUGCUCCUGGUGCUUCGUUUCCGCUUGUAAUACGUGUGGAAGACGCUACAGUCUGAGGCUCCUUCAGAGGAAACACUGAGUUUCUGGUUGGCCCACUAGCAGGUCGGCUUUCAGACAGACAACGUGCAUUCAUCUACGGCUCGUUC